ACCCUCCCUCUUCUGGUCUCUCCAUAACAACACACUGGUGUACUCCCAUUCAAGAAUCCGGUGAAGAAAACACGCAGACGGCUACAGAAUCAAACUCUGUUUCUUGGAGUUCUUGUGAGGAAGGGAAGAUGUCUUUGCUCAGUGAUUUGAUCAACUUGAACCUCUCUGAAGUUACUGAGAAAUCCAUUGUUGAGUACAUAUGGGUUGGGGGAUCCGGGAUGGACCUCCGUAGCAAGGCCAGGACUCUCCCUGGUCCAGUUACUGAUCCUUCGCAGCUUCCGAAAUGGAAUUAUGACGGUUCUAGCACAGGUCAAGCCCCCGGUGAAGAUAGUGAAGUUAUUCUCUAUCCUCAGGCAAUUUUCCCUGAUCCAUUCAGGAGAGGAAACCACAUACUUGUUAUGUGUGAUGCUUACACUCCAGCUGGAGAACCGAUCCCGACAAACAAGAGGUACAAUGCUGCCAAAAUCUUCAACCAUCCUGAGGUUGUUGCAGAGGAACCCUGGUAUGGGAUAGAGCAAGAGUAUACUUUAUUACAGAAAGACGUGAAGUGGCCACUCGGCUGGCCUGUCGGAGGAUUCCCAGGACCGCAGGGACCAUACUACUGUGGGAUUGGUGCUGACAAGGCCUUCGGCCGUGACAUUGUUGAUGCGCACUACAAAGCAUGUCUCUAUGCUGGCAUCAACAUCAGCGGCAUCAAUGGAGAGGUCAUGCCUGGUCAGUGGGAAUUCCAAGUCGGUCCUUCUGUGGGAAUCUCUGCUGCUGAUCAGGUGUGGGUGGCUCGUUACAUUCUUGAGAGGAUCACUGAGAUCGCUGGGGUUGUCGUCUCGUUCGAUCCAAAGCCCAUCCAGGGUGACUGGAACGGAGCUGGGGCGCAUACAAACUACAGUACCAAGUCCAUGAGAGAGGACGGAGGUUAUGAAGUGAUCAAGAAGGCCAUCCACAAGCUCGGAUUGAGGCACAAGGAACACAUUGCUGCUUAUGGAGAAGGUAACGAACGCCGUCUCACCGGGAGGCAUGAAACGGCCGACAUCAACACCUUCCUAUGGGACGUUGCAAACCGGGGAGCAUCAAUAAGGGUAGGAAGGGACACGGAGAAGGCCGGCAAAGGGUAUUUCGAGGACAGGAGGCCUGCCUCCAACAUGGAUCCCUACGUCGUUACAUCGAUGAUUGCAGAGACAACCAUCCUCUGGAAACCUUAGAAGGAUCAUCAGCAAAGCCAUUGUUUUAGCUUCUCUUGUUUCUGAUUGAUGCAUUGACCUUCCUAAUUAUUUGAUAAAAAUGUAUCCUUUAACAUUUCCUUUUGAAACUCCUUCCCUUGUUUGAUUGCUUUCAUAUGGAACUUGAUCAUAGCUUCCUCGGGGGUACGAUCGUAAUUUGUUAUUGUU